AAAAAACGUAUCAAGGUCUCUGAAUAGAAAACAUUGGAUAUCGUUUCUGAAACGAGUGUGACAAAAAGAAAAUAAAAACGCCAAACAUUGCUGAUUUGCAUAGGAACACGUAGGUAUUCUCCCAAUACGUGUGUUUUCAACGGACCUGUUAUGUCUUUGGAAACACGUGGUAGCCAUCAUCAGCUCCGCGAAUCCCUCCCACAAAAGUAAUUAGUAUCAGGUAAAAUGCAUGCAGCAAAAUAUGUAUAUAUAUAUAUCCAAAUCUAGCGAAGGUUAAGCCAUUCAUGUUGCCACUUCUUUUUCGGUAUCCGCAGAAGUCUGGUUAAAACAUAUUUCGGUUCGAGUCAGUUUCGCUUUCGCUCGAUCACCAUCAACAUACUCGCUCAUUCGCCGCAAACAAACAAACAAACAAACGAACGAACAGUGAAAGUGAAUCAGAGAUACCUGCAAAAUGCCGAUACUAGCUAAAACCAUGCUGUCCGAUUUGGAUGAAUUGCCUAGCAUCAAAUUAGGCGACUUCACGUUGGAAUUGGAGAUGGGUGAUUUGUCGCCAGAAAUGGAAGAGGUUGCCAAGAACGAGCUGCGAGAGACGCCUGAGAACGUCAAGCCGGCUAUGGACAAGCUCAGGGAAAUGUUGAAAGCUGAGACUGAUCUGAAAUGUCCGUACGAUAAUGAUGCAUGGUUGGUGAGGUUCUUGAGGCCUUGCAAAUUCUACCCGGAGAGUGCAUACGAAUUGGUGAAACGUUACUACGCAUUCAAGUUGAAGCAUCACAAUGUUUACGAUGGUUUGAUGCCUAGUAAGGAGAAGAACAUUUUCGAACAUGACAUUCUAACCGUCCAACCUAACAGGGACCAGCACGGAAGGAGAAUUUUAAUUAUCGAAUUAGGAAAGAGAUGGAAGCACAACAAGUGUUCACUGGAUGAAGUGUUCAAAGGUGUCGUGCUGUAUUUGGAAGCUGCGAUGCUGGAGCCCACGACCCAAGUCGCCGGUGCCGUCGUCAUAUUCGACAUGGAUGGGCUGAGUCUGCAGCAGACCUGGCAGUUCACGCCGCCGUUCGCCAAGAGGAUUGUCGACUGGCUUCAAGAUGCCAUCCCAUGCAGAGUGAAAAACAUCCACAUCGUCAAUCAACCGUACAUCUUCAACAUGGUCUUCGCUCUCUUCAAACCUUUCCUCAGAGAAAAACUGAAGAGCAGAAUCAUUUUCCACGGCACGGAUCGUAAAUCGCUGCACAAGUACUUGGAUGCAGCGUGCGUCUCCUCGGUUUACGGAGGCACUCUUGAUCUACCCAGAGUCAAAGGAAGCCAAUGGCUUGAAUUACUGGAGAUGUGUGAUAAAGAAUACGUCUUAAUCAAUUCGUACGGAUACAAGAAGUAAAAAACAAAGUUUGCCAAAAAAAAUC